AUGCUUUGCCGGCCCCGGGGGCGGCGGGAGGAAAUAGGCUUAGGCCGCGCCGGCGCUAAUCCGCAGGAACGGGCAGGGCUGACCCGCCGGGAGGUCAGCGCCCCAGUGCCCGGUGAAGCUGAGGUCCCGAGCAGCGGGAGGAGGCGGGGUCCGCGGCUUGAGGGGAGGCGGGUACGGCGGGAGGGGACGCGGAGCUCCGAGCCCCCUCUGUACGGGCCUUGCGGGCCGCCGUCCUGCCCUCACCCAACAUGGCGGCUGGGCAGCCUCAGCUGGCGCCGUGCCCCGCUUCCGGCCCGCGCCGUGCCCUACGUCCGGCGGCGGCGGCUCGGAGCGAUGCGGGCGGCGGGCGGGCUGCGGGACCUGGCCGGGCCGGGCCUGGGCGCCUCCCGGUUCGGGGCUGCCGCCGCCGCCUGCCCCUGGGGCUGCGUGCUCGGCCCCGGCGGCUGGAGCGGCGCGCCCGUCUGCCCCAGGCACUGCCAGCCCGGCGCCGCCGAGGCCGAGCGUGGCCGCCGGCAGGCCGCCUCCCGCUCGGCACACUGCAGCGCGAUGGGGGAAGCCUCUGGGGCCCGGGACGCCUUCGGCCGCGGCCCGGGCUUCUGGUACUGCCCUGGCCGGCUGGAGGUGUCCAGUGAGGAGGAGGAUGAAGAGGUGGAGGGGUUGAUCUGCUUUGGCCAGCCCUGGGACAUCUCUAGCGAGGACAGCGACCCCACCUACAACUUCUGUGGGUUCAGGAAAUCCUUCCUGUGCAAGGAGGAUCUGCCUGCUCGGCCCCCUCAGAGCGCUGUUGAGAUGAAGAUGCACAGGCUGCCUGCACCCUGGGGGCACCAGGUUACUGCCGAGGAAGCAGAGAAGAACGCACAGGAGCUGGUGGCGGAGGAAGAGCGGAUGAAGAGAAAGGCAGAAAAGAAGAAGCUGAAGAAGAAGAAACAGAAAGAUCGGAAGAAACAAGAGAAGCUGGGACAAGAGCUGAAAAGCGAGCGGGAGGCCGAGUCGAGCACCUCAUCCCUGAGCAGUGCUGCCGGUGCUGAGUACCCCCAAAAGACCAAUGCUGAGGAGGGGAAGGCCAGGCCCAGUCCCAGCCCGUCCCCACACCUCGGGGGCAGUGCAGCCUCCUCAGGAGAGGAGGCAGGAGGCCAGGGAGCCAGGGCAGAGGAGGUGGAGGAUGAGCUGGAUUUGAGCUGCACCUUCGUCUUCAAAGCCCGGCAGAAAGCAGGCAUGAAGCUGCCAGUGCCUGGGAAGGAGAAGCCGGCCAGGACAGUUGAUGCAGAGUCAGGCAGGAGGGCACUGGGGAAGGCACGCAAGCCCUCACUGUCCUCCCUGCCUGCCCCACGGGCACCCAAGCCUGCCCCCCGGGACGUGAGCAUGGUGGAACAGAGCUUGAUUCUCGCAGGCCGUGGCAAUGAGGCUGCCCAGAAGGGCCAAUACACAGAGGCUGUGCGGGCCUUCACGGAGGCGGUGAAGCUGAACCCCAUGGAGCACCGGCUCUUUGGGAACCGCUCAUACUGCUACGAGAAGCUUCGGUGCUACGAGGAGGCACUCAGGGAUGCACUGGUGUCACUGAGGCUCCAGCCCGGCUGGCCCAAAGGCUACUUCCGCAAGGGAAAGGCACUGCGGGGACUGGAGCGCUACGCCGAGGCCGCCUGCACAUUCGAGGAGCUGCUGCGCCUGGACAGUGCCAACACCGAUGCGGCUGCCCAGCUGGAGGCCUGCCAGGCCCUGUUGCGGCAGAACAGCCCCCAUGGCCGGAGCAGCCCAGGGGGUCCCCCUGUGUCCCCAUCCCUGCUGAAGGCUGGGGAGCUGCUGCUGCCUUCCUCUGGGAAGUGGGUGAACAGGAGCUGCCAGGACACAGACACAAGUGGCUUCAUGACUGUUGUGAGCUCCAGGAGCCAGACAAAAGGCCAGGGCCAGGCUGCGGCCAGCAGUGAGCUGAUGCUGCCUCCGACCCAUCCUGCCAGGGACUGCUAUCCCCUCUGGGUGGGGAACAUCACCAGCAGGAUCAGCGAGAGGGUGCUGCACAGCUUCUUCAGCCGUUUUGGGGAGAUCCGCUUCAUCCGGAUGCUGCCGGAGAGACGCUGCGCCUUCAUCAACUACACACAGAAGGUGGCGGCAGAAGCGGCCUAUGCGGCCAUGCAGGAUGUCGAGGUGGAGGGAAGCAGGCUCACACUGCAGCUCAAGCACCCCUCCCACGCCACCCCGUCCCCGCGGUGGCAACCAGGCGAGGUGGGUGCCCUCCCCAGGGGGCUUUGGUAGCUGGGGGGGUUCCUUGGCUUACAGCAGGGAAGCCAGAUCCAGCACGGGGCUGUGUGCUCUGCCCCAGCCGGCACCUAGGACUGGAGCAGUGGCUGCCUUCUGCUGGGCUGGGGGCUGGAGGGAGCCAGGAGCCGAGCCCCCCACUCCCCCCAGCGCCGUUGGCUGUGGGGGCUGAGCCGGGUCCUGCCUGUGCCCCCCCACCUGUGCCUUUUCCCUCGGCAGGCAGCGGGAGUGUCCCCCUCCUGCUGCCUCUGCGCUAGGGUCUGUGGGUGGGGGGCCCCUCCCGGCCCCUCGCGGGGCUGCCCCGGCCUGGGGGGCCAUGCUGCCACCCCCACCCCGCCCCAGCCCUGCUGGGGGCCCAGGGCUUGCCUACCUGGGGACAUGGUGUCCUGCCGGAGGCUGCAGGCAGUGGGUGCCCACCCCACAGCUCGGGGCAGGGCUGUGCCCGGGGCUGCUGUGCCUCGGCUCCUUCAGGGAUUUUUACCCAAUCUGGGAUUUGUAAUAAAACUGAGAACCAGCGGUG